AUGGAUGUUAUUCUUCUAGUCUGCCAGACAUACGGACAAGAAGUCGCCAAGUUAAACUUAGAUGAAUAUAACAAGAAAAAGCCAAAUAUCUAUGAUGCGAAGAAACACGAAGCAAAAUACUGGAAAAGAAGACUAUGGGCUACCUUUGGUUCAAUACCCUCAGUGUUUCCAACCGACCGUGAAAAGAUUACCUAUGUAUAUCACAGAACUCAAGGAUAUCAUCAAAAACAAAUUAAAGAGAUUGUGGAAGAGCCAGUUAAGAAUAGGACGUUUGAUUACAUGUUUUUACAAGUUAUCGAAAAUGACCCAAACAAUUUCUAG